AUGUAUAAGGAAAUUAAUUGGCACAAAGAAGUCAAAGUUCAUAUUGAUGGUGAUAAAGUAUUGGAUGCAGGAGGAUUAUUAAGAAAAUGGGCUUAUUUAAUAAUGAAAGAAAUUAUACAUCCAGAAUCAGGUAUUUUUUUAUUAGCUGAUUGUGAGGAUGUAUCUUAUAAAAUAAAUUGUGAAGCAGAUACAGAUGAACAUAUUAUAGAUUGUUUUAAAUUAUUAGGAAUAGUUGUGGGUAAAUGCAUUUUUGAGAGGAUACCUUUAAAUGUUUAUUUUCAUAGAUCAAUAAUUAAACACAUAAUAGGUUAACCUAUUUUUUUGGAAGAUAUUUAUUAUUAUGAUCUAUAAGUAUUGAUUUUAAAAUUUAGUUAUAUUAAUCCUGGGAUUUUUUAGUAAAUAAUAAAUUUGAAGCAGAUGACAUUUCAGAAUAUUUUGUUGUUUAUAGAAAAGGUAAAAGAGAUUACUAUGAAUUGAAAUAAGGAGGAUAAAAUAUUUAGUUAGAUAUGGAUAAUUGUCAAGAAUACGUUAAUUUAUGGUAAAUAUAUAACUUAAUUUAGCAUUGAAUAUUAUUCAUAUAAAUCAGUUAAGCCCUUUUUGACUGCAUUUUUAUCAACUUGAUUAGUGUAUUCAAUUAAAGUUUAAUGAUUAGAUAAUUCCAAAAUAAUUCCUUAGCUUACUUGAACCUUUAGAAUUAGAAAUGAUUCUUUAUGGAACACCAUUUAUUGAUAUUAAUGAUUGGAGAGAUAAUACUGAUAAUAAAGGUGCUUAUUACAGAACUCAUUAAACGAUUUAAUGGUUUUGGGAAAUUUUAGAAUAAAUGGAUUAAUUUAAUCUUACCAAAUUUUUAUAAAUUUGUACUGGAUCAACUAGAAUACAUUUAGAAAAUUAGAAAGUAAUAGAGGAAACUGCUCUAAAUUUUGUAUAGAAAGUGUACCCUUUACAAAAGCUAAUCUUUAUCCAAAAGCACAUACUUGUUUUAAUAGAUUAGAACUACCAAUUUAUGAAACUAAAGAAGAUAUAGAAUAACAUUCAAAAACAGUAAUACAGGUUGAUAUAGAUGGAUAAUUUGGAAUGGAAUGAUAUUUAAUUCAAUAUUAUAUAAUAAAUAAUUUAAUUUAUGCAUUGUUAUUUAUCAGAGGAUCCAUAAAUAAUUAAUAAACAAUAGCCAAAGAAAAUUAAAAAAAAAAACAAAUAUGACUAUCACACAAAAAAAAGGAGAUGUUCUGAUCCUAAUAAUAAUAAAUAAUUAGGUUAAAAAUUCACAAUAGAGGAAGAUAAGUUAAUUCUACAGUUAGUUCUAAAUGUCGGACCUAAGUUUUAAAAAAUUCAUAAACACUUUCCAGGAAAAACUAUAGCUAUGGUAAAGAAUAGAUAUUACAAAUAUCUUCGAUAUAAAUGGGAAGUCUUAGGAUAGUAUUUUUUUAAUUUAUUUUAAGAAACUAUAAACAUUUAAGUGUUUAACAGGAUUCUUAUGAAAAUUUAUGUGAAUAAUAAAAAAUAAUGAGUGAUAAGCUUCAUGAAGAAAAAAGCGACUUAAUAGCAUAAAUUAUCUCACGUUCAAAAUUACUUUAAAAUGCUCGUAUUUUUGUUGAAUAUCUAGUUGAACAAAUAUUAUGA